AUGUCAACCGAGUGUCAACUCCUAGCAAAAAUAUGGUGCUCACCAACACCUACAGCACCUCUCCUAAAGGCACUCCAUGCUGAAUGCCUAUCAUACCUCGAGUCUGUCAAACUGUCAACAUCCUGCUCAAGUCCUGAGCCUCGCACUUUAGAAAGUCUACCUGCCGAGAUCCAAGACAAGAUUAUUGGUUAUUUAGGAUUUGUAGGAAAAACUAAGCUGCGACAGACGAACCAUUUCUACAACGCCACCAUUCCAGCUCCUACUCCUACUAACGAAGGACUCCGCGAGUUAAUCCUCGCUACCGAAAGUGAAAAGUAUGCAAGAAAAAACAAACUAUUGGCUUGUAACAAUUGUUUACGCUUGCGACAUAGAUCCAGAUUCACAGACAUUCAGGCAGAAGGAAAGAGAAUCCGCAAUGGUCCACAUCGCCAUCUUCGUCUUUGCCUGCAGUGUGCAAUGUGGAAGGGAUUGUAUCGGCCUGGUGAAUUUGUCCAAGUAAACGGCGAAGAUGUGUACAUCUGUCGAUGUAGGAGUAUCACACCAAAGGCAAACUUACCCUCUAAUUGGCUUAAACAUAAACGAUGUGCGGAUUGUUAUUCAAAAAUAGAAAGAGCACGGCAGAGGAGACAGGACAGCGAGCCCAAGGAGAGGAAUGCAUGGAUAACAAGGAUGACAGGGUUCACUCCGGAGCAGUUACAAGAACAAAGGACCAUGUACUUCCAUUUUGGAUCCCGACGCACGUCUUUCUAG